AUGAACGAGCAGCAGCGCCGUGCUCCACAGGAGCCGCUUCCAUCAGAAAGUCGUCGUCGGUCGCUGAUCGCGACAACAAGGCGUGACAGGAUCUUGCGCGACGCGCUUGAGGCCUGCGGUCUUCCUUUGGCCGACCGUCCCCUGGGGCGUAGGCAGUUGGAAUUGGAAUACCAGCGGCACAAUUGGUCCGCCUGGUACUUCCUCAUCUGUCAGGCGCGCAUCUCACCUCCUCUGGUGAACGUGGACUUUUUCUUCGCCGUGGUCGACGCCCUGGUGUGGCGCGCAUGGUUUGACGACCGCCGCUACCCAGAGAGCUGGCGAAGGACCUUUCCCCGUCGACCCAGCUGGCAAGAAGGCCCUCUUGUCCGACCAGACCCAGGCUGGAACCCGAUUGGAGUCCGGGUUAACUCUCCCGACUGGUUGUGGGCGACUGUCAUGUCGGCCGACGACACAGGGAUGAUGUUGGCCUCGUCGGGUCCCGCGAUCAUGACGCUGAGGCCGUACCCGUGGACAAAUGCCCACCACGUGGAUCUGUUUACCGGCGUCCGCGUGCAGGCCUUCGCGGACAUGAGACGCAGGCUGGACGAAUCUGGAGCCUCCUUCGUGGCUUCAGACGUGCCUCUGACAGACCUGCCAGAUCCUGGCGCCUCAUCUGCACCACAAGAGUUGUUGGACUUGUCGAAUCAAGUGACUCGUCUGCAACUUAGUGCUGAUGCUCAGGCUGAGCAAGAGCCGGAGCGUGAGGCUGAGCGUGAGGCUGAACCUGAGCCUGAGCCUGAGCCUGAGCCUGAGCCUGAGCCUGAGCCUAUAGACUUAGCAAUGGAGAUGCAAAAUCUCGAGGUCAUGGAUGCUGACACGAUAGAUUCGAUCAUCCGACGUCUAUCACGUUCAGGAAUCUGA